AUGAUGGAACUGAAAUGUGGCUCUGCUCCUCUCAACACCAGGACCAGGACCAGGAUCGUGGGCGGAGAGGACGCGGUCGCAGGAUCAUGGCCCUCGCAGGUCUCUCUGACCGUUUUCAAAGCGUCAGACAUCACUGUGUACCUGGGACGCCACACGCAGGAGCAGACCAACCCCAACGAGGUGGUGCGCACCGUGAUGCAGAUCAUCAACCACGCAAAGUAUAACAAAUACACGCUUCAGAACGACAUCAGCCUCCUGCAGCUCAACGACGUGUCCUUCAGCGACUACAUCCAACCGGUGUGCCUCGCAGCACACGGCAACGAGCCCGACAACGGCACCGACGUGUGGGUCACGGGCUGGGGCAACAUCAACAAGGGCGUGUCCCUGCCGUCCCCGGGCACUCUGCAGGAGGUCCAGGUCCCCAUCGUGUCCCAGACUCGCUGUGGCACCCUCUACAGACCCAACAUGAUCACUGACGACAUGCUGUGUGCAGGCACCGACACCAAAGGCGCCUGUCAGGGAGACUCGGGUGGUCCUCUCGUCCUGAAGAUGGGUGAGACCUGGGUUCAGUUUGGAGUGGUCAGUUUUGGCCGUGCCAGCGGCUGCACCGAUGCACCCACCGUCUUCACCCGUGUGUCCCGGUACAACACCUGGAUCAAGGACCGAGCGGGCAACAACACAGGGUUUGUGGGGGAGGACGGGACCUCCCCCACAAACCCUGUGUUUGUGGAGGACGGGACCUCCCCCACAAACCCUGUGUUUGUGGAGGACGGGACCUCCCCCACAAACCCUGUGUUUGUGGAGGACGGGACCUCCCCCACAAACCCUGUGUUUGUGGAGGACGGGACCUCCCCCACAAACCCUGUGUUUGUGGCGGAGAACGGGACCUCCUCCAACGCCGAGAAUCUGGUCCAGACCCUGAGCAUCGUCCUGGUCCUGGGCUUGGCUCAGGUCCUCGCACCAUAG